GUCAAAAAAUUCUACACACCAGCAGUGUGUGAGGAGACCUGAAAGUGGCACAUGGCAGAGAGUGUGGCGAUGGAGACAGCAGCAAUGGGAGGCCGUACAGGGACCCAUGAGAGACUCUGGACCUGGCAGCAGCAUGAGGAGGCGGUAUAUAGGGGCCUAUGGCAGAUUAGGGGCCUGGCAGCAGCUAUGGGAGGCCCGUAAUCUGCCAGCACCCUAUGUCAAAAAAUUCUACACACCAGCAGUGUGAGGAGACCUGAAAGUGGCACAUGGCAGAGUGUGGCGAUGGAGACAGCAGCAAUGGGAGGCCGUACAGGGACCCAUGAGAGACUCUGGACCUGGCAGCAGCAUGA